AUGAUGGCCGCAGACGAAUCUCCAGUUGACACUGAGUUGGAUUGGGACGCCAACGACUUCGAUGUUGACUCGAUGAAUCCUGCGAUGAGCCAUGGUCUUAUUCCACCGCCUCCCGAUUACCAUUCUGGCUGUGACACGUCUCUACUUUCCGAAGAGCCUCCAGCAUUGAGUCCCAUCGACCAGUCGGAUGAUGGACGACCUCGCUGGCAGUGUGCGGUUUGCAAUAGUCAGAAGUGGCGUUGGAUGGCUGGUGGAUACCGAUGUGAAGACUGCGGUCACGAUAGAUUUUACGAUGCAAAUCAGUCGACAGGUCGUUGGGUUUUUGUGCCCCACGGUUCUCCGAUCCCACAUCUCGGAGAUUCCCUGGCUGGCAAUGAUCAGAAGCUUGGCGAUCCAGGUCCCUCUCGACCACCUUCAAGCGCUGGCGGUGGUGAGAGGCAAGCAGAAUCAGAAUUGGCGACCACAGAUCCGAGUGUUGAUCCUGACACGAUGUUUCCCAUGAGUCGACGACAGCGGCGAGCAGCUCGACGAUUGGAUGCGACUGGAUGCGGGGUCAAAACCGGAGUUGGUCAUAAUGACAACAAUCAGCAGUCAGGUUUGGGUGCGAUCAACAAUGGUUUGAGCCUUGGUGGACAGCAACAGCUUGACAGACAGACAAGCGGUGGCAAUCAGUGGCGUGACGACAUGCUGAAGGGUUUGAACACUCUGGCGACGAAGAAGAAAGACGAUGAUUGGAAUCUGAAAAAGGGUCCAUCUCCUGGUGUGAAGUACAGAGGGGGAACUCCUCCAGCUCCUCCAUCCUGGUCAUAUGCAAAAGACGAUCUGCGCGCGUUCCAAAAGUGGGAGCGCAAAGUGGAGAUUUGGAAGAUUCAGGUUGCAACCUAUCUGCCACCCAAUGAAGCUGCUAUGCUCCUUUAUUGCAGUCUCAAAGGUGAAGCAGAAGAAGAACUGGAAUGGUGUGAUGUUAAGAUGAUCAACAAUGACAAUGGGGUUCAAUACAUCAUUGACAGCCUUCGGCAGCCUUUGAUGACACGUGCAGUCUAUUUGAAACGAAGAUACUUGCAUGAGUUUGAGUAUAUUCAGCGUGGUGCAAACGAAACGAUCCGUGCUUUCUGCAAUCGCUAUAACAGGGUUGAACGUAGUCUGCAUUCUGUGGGCAUUGAUGUUCAGGGCAUGUAUGACAGCGAAAGCAGGGGCAGUCGACUUUUGGAACGACUUCGCCUGGGCCUUGAUCAGCAGCGUUUGAUUUUGGUUGCGAGUGGACAGUCCUUGCAGUUUGAUGUCAUCCGUGAAGCAGCUCAGAUUCAGUUUCCUGAACAUCGACCGACACCUGCAGUUGUGUACUCACGUGAGUUUGACAACCCUGGUAGAUCAGAAAGUUCCCAAGCAUCAAGACCUUCGCAGCCAUAUCAGAGACCUCUGGACAAAGGUCAUUCCAAGGGCAAGGGCAAAGGCAAUAGCAAGACAUCCCAUGGGUCUGGACCUUCCAAGACUUAUGUGACUGAGGUUUCCAAUGAACAACCUCAGGAUCAGGAAGAUGAUGAUGAGCCUCAGCAAGAGGCCGACGAUGCUGAGCCUUUGGAUGAUGCCGACGAAGUUGGAGAGACGGCAGAUGACGACCAGUCCAACACUUUGGAAGAAGAUUUGGCUGAAGUGGCGCGUUGCUUGACAGUGACUGCUCGCAGACUUCAGGGGAUCACUCUUGGAAGAAAGUUUUCAGGUCCUCCGAAGUCCCUGCAACAGCGCAAGGCCGAGAGUCACUGCGCAGUUUGCGGUGAGCGGGGCCAUUGGAAGGGUGACCCUGAAUGCAAGCAGUCUGGCGGCACUGACUCUGGCACUGGCAAGGGUGGAUCCAAGCAAAAAGGGUCCAAUGAUCGAAAGCAACAGUCUGGCGGCAAAAAGGUGUUCCAGGUGAGCCAUCCAGGGGGAUAUCAUCGUGAGGUUGCCUUCAACGACACCCCUGAAUAUGACAAGAGCAACCCCUCGGAUGAGACCUAUGGCAAGGCUUUCACUUCGUUUAUGGUUUGGGUCCCGGACUUUAAGAUAAACCAGGUCUAUGGCAACACCGCCAAUUCCUUUAACCAUUACCUCAUCCUUGACACCGCAUGCCAGAAGACAUGUUGCAGUACGUCAUGGUUAACUUCCUGGGAAAAUCAUGUCAUGAAGUUCAACAUCUACCCCAAGACUUUUCCAUGUCGGGAACCUUUUGAAUUUGGACACGGCCCUACUCAGUACAGUGAACAACAUGCUCUUUUGUUUUCAUGUUUUGAUGGAACCCCUGAGACCACAUGCAUCAUCGGAGCCAGCGUCCUCCCGACCACAAACGACAUCCCAUUGCUUGGCAGCAAUCAGCUUUUGCGUGAGGCUCUCGGUGCAAUCAUCAACUUGCCGGAGAACCAGGCCCAUUUGACCAAGCUGGGGUGCACGGUUCCGAUUUUGAUGUUGAACGGUCAUUUGGCUUUGGACAUUUCAGCAUUUCCUUCACAUGUUGAUCAGACAAUGCAGUGGAAGUUUGUUCAUGAACAUGCUGAUCUCAAGUCCAUUGAUGAGUUUGCAACAGUUGAGAAUUUGAUGGCCACCCGUGAACCUUCUCUCAAAUCAGCAGCACCUGAUCUACACGAUCAACCUGACUUUUCCAAUUCGAUUGCCGCGACAGCCGAUGCCAGCUCCACCCAAAUGGCUUCAGCAUUGGCGACGCUGCGUGGCAGCUCUGUUCCAUGCCGAGAUCCUGCUUCUACGAGUGAUGACCCAAGCAUGCCGUCUCGGUCUUCGACCUCGAAUGUGGCUGCAGCAUCAGGAUCCAAUGAACAUGGAACAGAUGCAAGCUCUGUGGGACAAGGCAACCGCCCCAUGCGAGCACCCGAAGUUCAAUCGGUAUGGAAACCGCCACGGCAGGUACAGUCAGUGCCUGCAGUGCGAAAAGAAAUGGCAAUGGAACGAAGAUCUUCAAAAGUGGGUCGAACCAGCUCCAUCGCGAAAGCAGCAGCAGCCGCUGCCUUUACCAUCCUCGUCAACAGCUGCGCACUUCAAGGACAAGCGGUACCAGCCCAAGUUCUACCAGGAACAUGCAGCGGAUCCACCAUGCCUCCCUCUGGAUUCCAUGCCCGAGCCGAAGAGUUCAUUGAAACCUUCGAGGGCAUCGAGGACCCGAUCGGCUUCAGUCAAGAGAAGCCAGGAAGAGAAUCAGGUGGUGUUCGUGGAAGACGAGGAGAUGGAGGACUUCGACUGGGCCCUGGUCCAAGACGUGCCCAAUCAGGGCUGAAGAAAGGUGCCCAGACUUGGUUGACAGGUCAUUUGAAGGCCCAACAGAAGAUCUAUGAGAAUGAAAUGAAGAUCAUGGACAACAUCCCAUGCUACCGCACCUUGCACUUGGAAGGACCUCACACUGAUGUCCUGACCUUGGAUCUCAUGGAAAUCUUUGCAGGCCGUGGAAGGGUUUCAGAACUGGCACCGAGAUUUGGUCUUCGAGCCGUUCAACCGAUCGACAUGAAGUAUGGCCACAAUCUCCACGCCCCAGAAGUCCGAGACAUGGUGCUCAGGGCUGUAUACAACUUGAAACCCCUGCUGUUGAUGAUCGAGUGGCCUUGCAAACAACUUCGAGAUGAAGAUCGUCCAUUGGUGCGUUUUGGUGUUGAGCUAUGUCGACUCCAAGAUGAAGGCCGCCGACUAUAUCUUGGCGAGAAUCCAUUGAGAUCAAGAAUUUGGGAUGAGCCAGAGGUCCAGUCACUUCGUGACGAUCCUGAUUGUCUUCAAGUUGAAUGUGAAGCUGGUGCCUACGGAGCUGAGGAUUCCGAAGGCUUUCCCAUAGUGAAGCCUCAUCGGUGGAUCACAAACAGUGAGUCCAUCGCAGCUCGGCUUGGUGAAAAGAUGACCUAUGAGCAGAAGAUGUACACCAAGCCCAUUGAAGGCAAGGAGACCAAGAAAUCUGGCGAAUACUGUGAUGGCUUGGCUCUGGCAAUUUUGAGUGGACUUCGAGAAGAAGCUUCAAUUCGAAACCCUGGUCGCUUUUCCAGGAAGGUUGCCUCCAACCAGGCCUUCUACCAGAAGAUUGGCUCCGAUCCAGCGACUUGGAACAACAUCAUGGCUGAGAUUGAGGGACGCUUCACCAGCAUCAACAAGAAGCCCUUCUACAUCAGCCUCAACGACCCUAUCAUGAAGAGCAUCAGGACUGUGGUGCCGUGGAAUCUCAAAAGAAUCCAAGCAGCAUGGUGUCCAACGACAAGACGGAUGCCAACCGACUUUCCCUACACACAUCGCGCCUGCGUGAUGGUGACCAAUGACGAUGAGAUCAUGAUCGAAGACGAAGAUAUGACAUCAGUGGCAUAUCCCAAACAACGAUUUCAGAAACCAGUUCGAAUCGGCCUGUUCAUCUACGGUGAUGCUCCAGAAGAUCAAGAUGAUCAACCAGUGAUUAGAUCUGGUAGUGGACCACCUUCGAAGGAAGACCUGGUCCCAGACUUGAGCACGGAAAUUUGGUUUGAGAAUGCCAAGAUUCCGAAGGAGCUCCAGUCCAGCGUUGCUCGACUUCACUGCAACCUUGGGCAUCCACCGAAGGCCGAGAUCAUCAGAAUUUUGGCUGCAUCUGGAGGACUUUCUUCGGCGACACUCAAUGCCUUGGAAGCUCUCAGGUGUGGCUCUUGCAUCAGGCUGACCAAGCCUGUGAAACCCCCAACAUCUUCUACGGCGACUAUCAAGCACCAUGGAUUUUUCGGAGACCAUCUCCAAACAGACAUCAUCUACGUCAGAAUCUUGACUGGCAAGGCCAUCCCGGUCUUGGGCGUUUGCUGCGUCAACACCAACUUCCAUGCAGCCACAGCGAUACACGACCGCUGCCCAGAGACCAUCCUGAAUGCCUUGAAGCAGAUUUGGUACGGCCCCUUUGGCCUUCCCAUGUCAAUCACGCCAGAUGCUGACACGGCAUACAUGGGCGUUUGUCAGGAUUGGCAUGUCAACAUGGGCAUUGACUACAGGAUGAUCCCAACUGAAGAGGCUUGGAAGAUUGGAAAGAUCGGCCGACGCAAUGCUUUGCUUCGGUCGCUGGCUGAACGACUCAUUGACCAACAUGGAGUUUCUACAGUAGAAGGGCUACAAGAUGUUUUGGUGGCCUGCAUUUUCUCCCUCAACAGCAGCACAUACAGCCACGGUCGUUCACCAUACCAGGCGGUGUUUGGACGAAUUCCAAGGCCAGUUGGAGAUCUUCUUUCAGACAGCCGUGCAUUGACCAUCACCAACACCGACCACGACCCAGCUCUUCGACCUGAACUUCUUCGAGCCGAGGCCAUCACCGCCUUGAUGCAGAUCUCAUCUUCUCAGGCUGUGAAGAGAGCCUUGCUGCGGAAGACCCGGAACCAGAACGACUUGGCCAACCUCCAGCCAGGUCAAGCCGUGGCCUAUUGGAGACUCCAAGGGCGAUCGCGACAGCACAAGAAGGGCAGUUGGUGUCUGGCGAGAUUCCUGGCCUAUGACCCAGACAAGAAACAUGCUGGCUACAGGUGGGCAAGAACUCCAUUCGCGCUGGGGUCAACCAGUUGCGAUUGGCCAGUGGAUGGGAAUCAUGGACACCGUCUACUGAAGAUCUUCAACUUCUCAAAGAUGCCCGAGCAAGAGAUGACUGUGGAUGACGAGGUGUUCAACUUCAGACCUCACAAGAUGACUCGUCUGGAAGAACCUCGACAUGACGAGGAACAGAUCCUUGAAGGACAGUCCGAUGCCGAGACCUCAGACGACGAUUUGUCUCUGUCCAAUAACAGAUCCAUGACGAGACAAGAACAAAAACAGUUGGAUCGUGAAAUUCCAUGGAGAGACAUCAUGGAACUCCCCAAGAUGGACUUUGAUGCCUUCGUGGGAUCUGCCCAGAAAGAAUUUCAGGGGUGGAUGAAGUGGUCAGGAGUGGUGCCCCUGACAAGCCGGGAAGCCAAACGAGUCGAAAGCAAUCCCAAGCUCCUCAAACGCAUCCUGAAGAGCCGCGCUGCUUACCGGGAUAAGGCUCGUGGAACAGGAGCCUUGAAGGCGAAAACAAGAGUCGUCAUCAUUGGAUGCGGUGAUCCCGAUCUCAGACAAUUGAGCAGGGACAGCCCAACACCCAGCAGGUUGAGUGAGUUCGUAGUGCUGGCCGUUGCGUCAUCCGGCGCAAACAAACUGUUCAAUGGAGACAACAGAAUUUGGCAUCUGUGGUUGUCGGACGCUGCUCAGGCGUUUCUUCAAGGUCGACAAGAUGAGUCCGAAAGAAGUGGCCCCAUCUUCAUGAGACCUCCCAGAGAUCCAAUUCAAGAAGCGGCCGGUGCAUUCCCAGCCGAGCUCUACCAAGUUGUGGGCAAUUGCUAUGGCUUAAGCAAUGCCCCUAGAGUUUGGUUCAACCGAGUGACUGAGGAGUUGGUUGAACACGACUUCCACAUUCACAGUUUCGACAAAUGCUUGUUCUAUCAUGUUGGCAGUGAUGGAUUGUUAGACUGCGUUCUGAUUGUGCACGUGGAUGACUUUAUGGCCACGUUCAGCAGUUCUUUUGACAAGACGAUUCUUGAAGGUCUUUUCGAAUGGGGCUCCGUGACACUCAUUGAUGAGGAUCACUCUGGCGAGUACCGCGGCAAAGAGAUCAAGAUGCUGAAGAAACCUGAUGGCCGAAUUCACUACACGGUCACGCAGCAGUCCUUCCUUGCCAACCUCCAAGAGGGCAAGCUCAAGCAGGGCAGAUUGAAAGCAGAUGAUCUUCUGAAUGAUGAGGAGAUCAAAGAAUUCAGAUCAGUGAGUGGAUGUAUCCAGUGGUUGGGCGGACAGUCUCGGCCAGACUUGGCCUCCACAGCUUCGCUUUGCAACAAAGGCAGUGAGACAAGGACCUCAGACCUUGGCCGUCUUCACGAAGCUCUCAAAUAUGCCAAGCUGACCGACACCUCCGGCUUGAUUUUUGGAGAUGUGCCUUUGAACCGAGCAUCAUGCUUGGUGACCUUUGCCGACAGCAGCUGGGCAAAUGCGGCCAACUAUUCAUCCCAGUUUGGGGUGAUCAUUGCUCUUUGUCCAUCACAGGUGACAGAGACGAUAUGCAAUGGCUUGAUCUUGGACUGGAAGUCUGGGCGUAGUCCAAGAGUUUGCCGUUCAACCCUUGCUGCUGAAGCAUGUGCCGCAGAUGAAGGCACAGAUAGGGCAUGCUACAUCAAUCUGGUUUUGACUGAACUUCUGUACCAAGUGCCAGCCUGGCGCGGUGACAUGAAGCUCGCAAUGGUCCAGUGCACGGACGCGAAGAGCCUCUAUGAUUGCCUCGUGGCCCAGAACCCCUCUGUUUCAGACAAACGUUCGAUGGUGCAGAUUAGGUCGGUUCAACAAGCUCUCCGGCCCAGUCAGAUCAGAUGGCUUCCAACGAUUCUGAUGGUGGCAGAUGGAUUGACGAAGUUGGAUGUGAAGCUUCGUGAGAUGCUUCGCCAGUGGUGCAUGUUUCCAAAGGUGCAGUUGCGAGAAAGCACUUCAAGGUCAAAAACAAAGACCAGUGAAAGUGUCAUUGCCCAGUGA